UAUAUAUAACCGCUGUCCCCCCUUUCCUUCUUCCUUGGCCCUCCACUCCCAACCGCUUCUGUACUACUCUGUACACUCCAUUACAGACUUUUCUCUCUCUACUCUCUCUCCUCGUUCAAGCUCUGAAAUCCUCCAUUUGUCAUUCCAGGGAUAAACUACACAGAGAAUUAACCUAAAACAAGCAAGAAUCACAAACUUUCCUUAAUCCCCUGUCUACCGGAAAAAAGGUAAAUCGUUCGUCCGGCCAAUCUCUUCAAUCUAUACGAACUCUUUCUUCUUCUCCAAGAAAUUCCAUUCCAUUCCAUUUCUCGAUCUAUCUAUCCAUCUGAAUAAUGACAUUCUGAAACCAAAAUCAACCGAUUAUGAAGUCCAAACCAGCCGAUUUCACUCAACAGAAGAAGGUUAUACGUAUAUCAGUAACCGACGCCGACGCUACAGAUUCAUCUGGCGACGAAGAUAACGGUUUCUCUAGAAACAGAAUCAAGAGAUUUACAAAUCAGGUUGUUAUUACUCAGACGACGACGGCGGCGGUUACUCGCCGUAACAAGGCGACGACGGUUAAAAUUCCGGUGAAUCGAACAACGGCGAGUCAAGGAAGGAAGUUUCGCGGCGUGAGACAACGGCCAUGGGGAAAAUGGGCGGCUGAGAUUAGAGAUCCAUUUCGUCGAGUUAGGGUUUGGUUAGGUACAUAUAAUACAGCUGAAGAAGCAGCUAUGGUUUACGAUAAUGCCGCCGUUCGUCUUCGUGGACCUCACGCGCUUACUAAUUUCUUAUCAAAACCGCUUCCGGUCACCGCCGACGGGUACAUUUCCGGCGAUGAAUCAUUAAUUAACCACGUUUCGUCGCCGAGAUCUGUUCUUAUAACUCUUCCCGGAGUUGUAUCUCCGGCGAAAGAGAAGAAUGAUUUGUACCUUCUUCCCGGAGCUAUGUCGCCGGCGAACCGGGAGAACGAUGAAAUGAAUGGAUAUUUCCCGCCCUUGGAUACUUUAUCGGAAAAUAUAUUUGAAUUACCAUACCCGGUUGUACCCGACCCGUAUGUUGAAACGGAUUAUUUAUGUCUUGGAUCUGGGUUAUUUGAAGAUAUUCAAGAACCGUUUCUUGUUUAUUCGGGUGGGGAGAUGGAGUCGGGUUUGGGUUUGGAUUUGGUGGAUGAUUACAGGCAGCUUCAAGAUAUUGAUGAUAUAUUCGGGUCGGAUCCUGUUUUAGCUAUGUGAGAAAUUUAGUAUUUUCUUUUGGGAUGAAUUAUGUGAGAAAUUAAUUAGGAUAAUAUAUAUAUAUAUAUAAAAGAAACUAUUUGUAAUGAUACGAUGUCGUUAUGAGCAGGA